UCCUUCCCCCGCCCCCUCCUCCCUCCCUCUAGGUGUGCCCAUCAGAAUCACAGUCAUAACGAGGGAGGGAGCGACCCGCCUGCCCCCGGCUGCCCCAAGGAUGCUGCUGCGGUGCCGCUGGGACUGAGAUCGCAGCCGAGGCUCGCUCUGUCUCUCUCCCCUCUUCCUUCCCCGCAGAGGGUGAGGCCCUUCCUCUCGCACUCUUCCUCCUCCUCCUCCUCUCCAUGAUGCAGGCUCGCUAUUCCGUCUCGGACCCCAACGCUUUGGGAGUGGUGCCCUAUUUAAGCGAGCAGAACUACUACCGGACGGCGGGGACGUACGGCGGCAUGGGCAACCCCAUGAGCGUGUAUUCAGGCCACGCCGAGCAGUACGCGGCGGGCAUGGGGCGAUCCUACGGCCCCUACCACCCGCACCAACCCGCCGCCCCCAAGGACCUGGUGAAGCCGCCCUACAGCUACAUUGCCCUCAUCACUAUGGCCAUCCAGAACGCCCCCGACAAGAAGAUCACGCUCAAUGGGAUUUACCAGUUCAUCAUGGACCGUUUCCCCUUCUACCGCGAGAACAAGCAGGGCUGGCAGAACAGCAUCCGUCACAACCUGUCUCUCAACGAGUGCUUCGUCAAGGUGCCCCGCGACGACAAGAAGCCGGGCAAGGGCAGCUAUUGGACCCUGGACCCCGAUUCCUAUAACAUGUUCGAAAACGGCAGCUUCCUGCGGCGCCGGAGACGCUUCAAGAAGAAGGACGUGUCCAAAGAGAAGGAGGAGGCCCGGGAGCGGCUGCUGAAGGAGCAGCCCAAACCCCCCGGGCUGCCCGGCGCCGACCUCCCCAAGGAAGCUUCCUCCUCGUCCUCUUCCUCCUCGGCCUCCGAGAAAAAAGUGGUGAUCAAGAGCGAGACGGCGUCCCCGGAGCUGCCGGUGAUCACCAAAGUGGAGACGCUGAGCCCGGGGAGCGGCGGGGGACUCCGGGACAGCCCCCGAAGCGCCGCCUCGCCUCCCGCCGCCUCCCCCGAAGGUUCGCUGCCCGAGCAACACCCGGCCGGCAACGGGCUGCCGGGCUUCAGCGUGGAGAACAUCAUGACCCUGCGGACAUCCCCCGCGGGGGACCUGAGCCCGGUGAGUGCCGCCUCGGGCAGGACGGGGACCGGCAUGCCGCUGGUUUACCCCACGUCGGGGCAGCCGUCGGGUUACAGCGCGGCGUGCAGCCAGGCGCUGGACACUAGUGGGAGCUACCACUGCAGCAUGCGGGCCAUGAGCCUUUACAGCGGCGAGAGGCCGGGCCACAUGUGCGUGCCCCCCGCGGCGCUGGAGGAAGGUUUGGCCGAGCAUCCCACCGGCGCCCCGUCGCCCCUCGGGGCCCUCAGCCUGCCGUCUGGGCAAGAGGGAGCGUUGGGAGCCGGGCAUCCGCACGGAGGCACUGCGGCGGGGCAACCCGCAGCAUCGUGGUACCUCAAUCACGGAGCCGAGUUGAGUCACCUGCCCGGUCACACGUUCGGGUCUCAGCAGCAGACUUUCCCUAACGUGCGGGAAAUGUUCACGUCGCAUCGGUUGGGGAUGGAGAGCGAACAUCAGGUGAGCAGCAACUCUGCCUGUCAGAUUCCCUACAGGUCCGCGCCUUCACUAUAUCGCCACGCCGCCCCCUAUUCCUACGACUGCACUAAGUACUGAGUAGCUCCCCCCGCCCCCCCAACCCCCUAUCCUUCCCCUAGAGCCAUCCGCCAAAAAAUAAUAAUUAAAAAAAAUUAAAAAUUAAAAAAAAAAGCAAUAAAAUACUAAAAGGAAAAAAAAAAUAAUCAAUAACUAAAAAAAAGUAGCAAUCAGGUGGAAUAAAAACGCAUCAAACCCUUCAGACCGAGGGGAAAAAAAUAAUAAAAACAUAAAACGUAAAUCCUCUCCGUGGAGCUGUGGGACAUGGGGGUGCAGAUCCCAAGUUCUGU